AUGACCUCACUAAUAAAACGGUCUAACAUACCAACACGCAAGCAUACAAGCAGUGUUUUGUUUUUGUCAGUUAAACAUUUGUCGGUACUCUGGUUUUUUACAACUCUCAUACCUAGAGUUGACGCUUACAAACCUGCAUAUGACGAACUGUAUGAAGAUCUUGUGGAUUUCAUUGUGUCUGCUCUUCUCCCGCUCGGUCUGAUUUUCACUUUUAAACGCAAUCCCAUUGGUCUUUUGCCCAAUUUGAUUGAUGAUGUGAUAAUCCUUGGAGGUAUCCCAGAAACCUCAUCCAACAGUGCUUCUACUGAUCCUUCUACUGAUUCUUAUAAUAAUUUCUUCUCCCUAUGUUUGAAUUACGAAGACAACGAUCUAUCAGCUAAACCUCAAGAUACCCAAUGA